ACUCCGGCAAUCGGCGUCAGUAGGCUAGCAGGCAAAUGUACCGUGCAUACAAGACAGCAAUCAGAAUGGCGUCGAAGACAACUUCUGAAAGACUGAAGGUUGUGGUGUUCGUUGGGUCGGCAAGAGAAAAAAGACUUGGGGAAAGAGUGAAGCUAUUCAUGCUGGAUCAGCUGAAACUGAGAAAUUAUGACAUAUCUGUUUUCGAUCCUUUAGAUAAUGAAUUCACUAUGUUGAAUAAGCCAGUGUUCUUUUACGGGAAUGAGAGAGAGGGAGCCCCACCAUUUCUAGUGGAGAAAGAGAAGAUUAUGAAGGAAGCAGACGCCUUCGUAAUUAUCUCCCCUGAGUAUAAUCACUGUAUACCGCCAGCCCUGUCUAACAUGAUUGAUCACUUUGGGGGAAGUUGCUAUUCACGGAAGCCAAGUGGGAUUGUCACGUACUCCGCAGGGCAAUAUGGAGGAAUGCGUGCAGCCAUGCAGCUGCGUGCGAUGACUGGUGAACUGGGUUGUCUCAGCGUGUCAAAUAUAUUUGGAAUUCCCAAUGCCCAGAAUUCUCUUGAUUCUGAUGGCAAGCCUCUCAAUGAUCACAUGGAGUCUGGGGCCAAAAAGAUGAUAACACAGUUGGACUGGAUGGCCUGGGCCAUGAAGAAUCAUAGAGCUGUCUCAGAAGUCCAGUUUUAACUCAUUCACCCCUGAAGACACAUAUGAACUCUUCCAAUUCAAAGGUUGGAAUAGUUCAUUAAGAAAUUUCAGGGGCAAAUGAGUAAACUCUCUUCUUACCGGAGUAUUUGCCAACUGGAUCAGUUUGACAUCGGGUUUUCUGUUUAUUAAUGUAGUGUACAAUUUAUCAGACUGUUCAUUUUGGACUGAACCAUUAACAUAUAUACAUGUAGAUUCAAGAACAGUUUGAAUAAUUGAUAUUUUCUGACUGUAUGGUUUUACCUUAGAGGGAACUACUAAAGAGACUAAUAAAAAAAAAUCAUGAAAUCUCAAUAUUUUUUUAGAUGUAGCAAUGCAUGGUGAUACAUAUUGCACAUGAAAAAUACUGCGAUAAUCUUUCCAUAUGUUGAAUAUUCAUAUUUUACUGUAGAUCUGCUGAUGUUGGCAUAAUUUGUGUUGGCGUGGGUUACGAAAAUGUGCCUUAAUGCUGCCCCAACCCUUUAUUUCUGCAAUAGCCUCACGAACACUAUACCCUAUGUACUUAUACAUAUACCUACCUUGACAAAAGAGCAAGGAUUUUACAAAAUUAUAAACCUGCCAAUGACCUGUAUACAGGGGUAUGUUUACACUCGGGUAUUUACCUGAUAGAUCUAAUUAUCUCUCCAUAAUUUAAAAGCACAGGGCCUGUUCAUUUAUAUGAUAUAUGAAGUAUGUAAUGUAUACUGAGAAAUUGUUGCCACAGUUGAAAUUUCGCCUUUUCAUACUUGACAAAAUGUCCAUAGGGGGAGAUUGCGCGUGCUAAGCAUAAAAAGCAUAAAUGAAAUGUGUGUAUGUACACCCUAGGGUGAUAGCACUUGUAAAUGACAUCUUAUGAGCUUUGUUUUCGGAUGAAAUCUUUAGAAAAUUCACUGGUUGAUCGGGAGUUAUAGGGAGAGUUGGCAAUUAUGCCUUUUUAGCUCCCUGGAAUAAGGGUGAAUUUAUCAUGACGGAAUAUUAGGAAAGGAUAUUAAAAAAGUCUGACUGAUCUCAAGUUUCCCAGUAUUUGAUUUUUUUUAUUAGUUAUGAGCAUUAAUAUGAUCACAUAUUAAUUAAUUUCUGCAUCUGGUACUUAGAGCUAUUCCUUAAAAAAUGUAUAGGUCAGUUUUUUGAGGCAGUUUGUUGAAUGUUUUGUGUCACCAAAUGGUUUUAUUUUGCUAACAUUUUACUUGUCAAAACACCACAUUUAUUUACUGUAGUUUUAGGGCUAGUGUUUUUUUUUUUACAUUUAUUCAUGAAAUUAUGAUCUCCAACCGAAAUUUUGUAAUAUGUUUAUGUGCAGCAGUUAGUUAAAUGAUUUUUUUUUGCCAUGAAAUGCUUGCUUUUGCUUACAACUUGUAAAGACAUCACAUUUAUUUGCGUUAGUAUUUCAUUUAUUUUCUUGACAUUUGUGAACGAAAUAAAUUUCUACCUUGUGUAAGAUAUCGAGGAUAUAGUUCAUGGUUUCCCAUUGAAUACCAAAGAUAUUUCACAAGUGUGGCAAAAAAUCAAAAUUGUUCACGAGUUCAAAUCACAUCAACAAUGCAAUUGCGGUCAUGUCAUCAAUACAAUGAUGUCAUGUCAUCAAUACAAUGACGUUAUGUUCUUAAUACAAUGACGUCAUGUCAUCAAUACAAUGAAU